AAUACGAAGAGAGUAAUAAACUGUCUAUUACUGCAUUUAUCUCCAGGAAUUAAGUCUCUCCCAUAAGUGUGCCUGCCCGAAUAUGUGUCUAAUCAACCCUACAAGGAAACCCAAAACUACAGCUACCCCUGCAGGAGACGACGAAGACAUAGUGUUUCCUGUGGUCGCUGGUGUCUUCUGUUUAUUUGCUGUUCCUUUCAUUAUUAUUAUUAUUUGGCGACGUGUCAGGCCACAGCCUCCCAACGACAAUCCACCGUCUUCUACCAAUCAGUUUGUAAACCCUCUCUUGAAUAAAACUGAUCCAUCUGAUUAUGGUGCAGUUGGUGGAAAUGAUAGCACUAGCAACCCCCUCUCCAGUGCAAGUGAACCCACAUCGGGAAGUGGGUCGUCAAGUUUAACUAAACCAUCGUCAACGAACUCAUCAUCUUGUAAUGAUAUCAAAGUGUCUUCUAAAGAGAAUUCUAAAAGUAGUGAAAGGUCAUAUGUCUGUUGAAGAAGUCACGUUGGCGUGCUUAGCAGAUCGCUGUUUAGACCAUAGGAGAUCAUUUGGUUCCUCACGAGCUGGAUGAAAUAAUUUUAUGGCGAUAAAACUGGAUAAUGCGAUUCAACUGUUUGAAAAGGGUAUUAAAAAACAUAGCUCCAAUUUAGAGUGAAACUUUUAGAAUCGCUUCCAACCACAAGAAAAUGCAAGACUAAUUUAUUUGUUCAGUGAUAAACAAAUGUAAGGUGAGAAAAAUAUUUCUUUGCGUGAAAGUCAAAAUAAUUGUGUACGUAAGAACGCAAAUUACUUCUUAGUCUCUGUAAGGGGAAACAAAUUUUGGAUGAAAUGUCAGUUCAAAACUUGUACGUAUUUUACUUAAAAACUCU